GUCGUCGUCGUCGUGGGGCGUUGAACAGAGGAGGUUUUGUUUCAAACGGAAGUUGUUUUGUUUUCUUUUCUGCUGUAUAUAUAGAAAUAUAUUAGAAAAGAAAAGUAUAGUUUUUCUUUGCCAGCGAGAAAUUAAAAGUUUUCGUUUCGUGUACGGAAAGUCGCGGAGAAGGGAAUAUGUGCAGCGAUUUUCCGAAAGACGGAAAGUUUCACCUGUCUUAAGUCGAGAAAAACAAAAGAUGAUAUACUGGAUUUUGAUGGUUUUACUCGUUUCCCUGGUCCAUCGUAUAGAGGCUGGCAUCACAUACAAUUCGAAUGUGACCAGGGCACCAGAGAUCAUCAAACGUUACAGAAGCAACGAAAGUUACAUAGACAAAUCCCUGAUCGAUUUGGACCUGAAGUAUUGCCAGCGACCAGCCAGAUGUGAAUCGUUGAAGCAUCAAACAUGCAUGGGAUCGAAGUUGCCAUAUCAAUCGACUACUUUGGAUCUUACUGAUCUGAUGAGUCAAGAGGAGGUGCAAGAGAAACUCAUGACCUACCAAUAUCUGAGGUACAUACCGAAAUGCUGGGCGGUGAUCCAACCGUUCCUGUGCGCCCUGUACAUGCCCAAGUGCGAGAACGAUAUGGUGAAUCUUCCCUCGGAGCUGAUGUGCAAGAUCACGUUGGGACCGUGCAAGAUUCUGUACAACGCUUCCAUCUUCCCCGAGUUCAUGCGGUGCGAGGACGAGAGGUUGUUUCCGUCGCAAUGCAAGAAUGACGUGCACAAGCUCAAAUUCAACACGACCGGUUUCUGCAUGGAGCCUUUGGUGAGGACGGAACAAGCCAAUUGGUUCUACAACGAUAUCGAGGGAUGCGGUCUGCGAUGCAAGGACGCUCUGUACACGGAGGACGAACAUUUCCAAAUACACAAAUUGAUCGCUUGCUGCGUCAUCGUGUGCAUCGUGCUGAUACUCUUCACCGUCGUCACAUUCGUCAUCGACUGGAAAACGGCGAACCCGUACUACGCGUUGGCCAUCUUCUACACGAACGUCUGCUUCCUCAUUUCCUAUCUGGGUUGGUCCGUGCAAUUCCUCGGCAACGACUAUCGCGAAGGCGUGGUCUGCAAGAAGGGCGGAACUUUGAGGAGAUCCGAACCGUCGGCCUCGGAAAACCUGUGGUGCGCCAUCGUCUUCGUGAUGGUUUAUUACUUUCUGAUUGCCGGUAUGGUCUGGUUCGUCGUCUUCACCUACACUUGGCAUAUGAGCUGUCUGCAGGCCCUGGGUAAGAUCCAGGAGCGAGUCGACAAGAAGAAAGCCUACUUUCAUUUGGUCGCAUGGAGUCUUCCUCUUGUUUUAACCAUAACGACGAUGGCUCUCGGCGAGAUCGACGGCGAUUACGUUGCCGGAAUUUGCUUUGUGAACUCUUCGGCGCGCACCGGACUUUUGCUGACUCCUCUCACUGCUACCAUUCUCAUCGCCGGAUAUUUCGUGACUAGAGGAUUGGUUCUGUUGGUGCGCGUAAAGAUCGAGAGCAGGGAAAUCAUCUCCGAGCACGCCAGCCACAAGAUCCGUUCCAACAUUGUACGGAUGGGCGUGAAUGCACUCUUCAUGCUCAUCAUUUCAGUUGUGAUUUUCGUCUACCACGUCUAUCUUUCCAUAAACACACCAGUCUGGGAAUUGAGCCUCUACAAUUUCAUCCUAUGCAAAUUGACUAGUCUCAGUCCGGACAAUUCGCAUUGCCGCCAGGAGGACAGACCGAGCGUUGCCAUGCUGCAGCUCUAUCUGAUCGCCGUUUUCGGAACUGGCAUCGCUAUGGCUUCGUGGAUCUGGUGCAAGCCGACCAUCCACGUUUGGACCAGAUACAUCCAGAGAAAGUUUGAUUGUGAAGUUGAUGAACCAAUGAAAUUGCAGAAGCAUAAGAUCAUAGCGGAAGCGUUCGCGAAACGGAAAAAGCUUAAUCACGGCGGCCGAAUCUCGAUCGAGUGUCAGAACCACACGGAUCCGGUCGGCCUGAAGUUCGAUCUGAACAGCGCGGCGAGCAACGAACUGAGCACGACCUGGGCUCAGAAUCUGAUGAGAUUCGUGACGAGACGGGGUGCCGUACCGAACGAGGUCACCUGUUCGGUGUCGAGCAACAACCAAUCCGUCGACUCGGAGAUGAGCUACAGCGUGCGGCACGUCAGCAUCGAGAGCAGAAGAAAUUCGGGCGACAGUCAACUGAGCGUGCAGAUCGCCGAGCUGAAGGCGACAAGGAAAGUGAACGGACGUAGGAGACGAUGCGGCGGUGGAUCUGGUGGAAGGUACUCGAAGCAGAACGACUUCAGGAAGAGAAUUGGUAAAUCCGGUGGUGGAGGAGGUUCGAAACGUGGAAGCAGCACCAGUCUUGAUUCGCAUCUCGGUCAUCAGCUGCUCAACGUGCUGGCGGCAAGCAACAACAAGGAGACGAGGAAAUUCAUUCCCAACAUGAGCAGAAGAUCGGCGAACGCCGGACUCGAUGCACAGAACUUAAGCAAACUAAGCCAGAUGCUCUUCAACAAUUCCAAGUCCGUCAGCGAGGACGAGAACGUCUCGGUCACGAUAUCCGAGUCCAAAUUCAACGUGAUCGUCAAUCACAACAACAUGGACCUGAACGAUCAGCUGGUGAUGAAAUCGCUGCACAAGGGCGGUGGCGGUGGCGGAGGAGUAGGAGGUCUGAAAAUAGAAGAGUUAUCAACGAGUGAGUCGGAGGAAGAAAGAAAUCAUCAGUACAAAGCGAUUAAUCAAGUGACGAAGAAAAAGUACAGCUGCGAUUCGGAUUCGGACAGCGAUACGUCUUCGUGUCCAGAGCUCAAACAGCUCGUGCAAAGCUCCCUGAACUCCGGCAAUUCCGUCGCGUAUUACGAGAAGAAUCGUGGGGGGUCGAAGCAAUCGAAGACUUCGAUAGACGUCGCCGUCCAGGCGAACGCCAAGGAGAUCAUGACACAGACGGGCAGCUACGACAUGGAGAUGAAAACUCUGAACGACGAUUCAGAUGACGGCCGCAUCGUCGAGAUGAAGAAAUCCAAGCAGCUGAAAACCAAAGAGAACAAGCAUUACAAGAACGCAGAUGAAAAGUAUUACAGUAAAGUCCACGAGGCUGAGGGUCUUUUGGGCAUGGACAAGUACAGGCCCAAGAUACGCAGCAAAUCCAAGGAAAAAUACUAAACGAAUAACUCUAUUUUGAAUUUGUAAAUAUUUGACUGAAUUUUCUGAAUAUUAUAUUAUAAUUUUGAUAAUUA